AUGAAGCUGACACCAAUAAGAGUCCGUGGCAAACGAGGGCAACCAAAGCCUGAGAAGAAGCGAAAAGACAAGGGACUUGAUGAUGCCGAUCUGGAAGGACCACCGGUAUCAAAUUCGAAGCGGGCCCGAGAACACCAUGGGAAAGAUGGUGACGCCAGGAUGAAAAACGGCCUCUCACGCCUAUCUCAACUUCCUCAAGAGGUACUCGAGCGUGUCUUUAUAGCUUCGCAGAAUCUGUCACUACCCCUGGUCAGCCGCGACUUGCACCACCGUCUGUCGAGCGACUCCAUCAAGUAUCAAAUGGUCGGUGCGGCGUUUGGGUCAACUUGGGAUGCAUAUUAUGGAUUUGACAAGUUCGAGGUCUCAUGCUACGACGGGUGGCAGUGGGACGUGAAGAGGUUCCAAGGCGAUCCCGACUUUCAGUCUGCCAUACUCGCCUGUUCCUGGGCCAAAACUCCAGUUCUUCUGUUGUCCUUUGAUGUCUGGGUCCGGCAGCACGCCGCUGGGCGAGCCUAUUUCACCAUUCCUCAACUGAAAAAGGAGCGCUUGGCGGAUGUGCCUCGGCCAGGAAGUCUGUACGACAGAGCCUAUAUUACCGCCGCCAACGGCGAUGAGAGCGCUUCCACCAUGACGAUGCGCGAGAAGCUUGGCUUCGACUUCGACUGCUUCCUGAGAUACAUCAUGCCCCCCAGCACAGACUCAAAUGCCCUUUCCGGCCGACAACCCCUCAGGAUCCUUGGCGAUCGUCUGCGCGCCUUGCUCGGGACACACCUCGAAGUGCACCCCGGCACGAAGAUCCCAACGUCCCUCCUCUCAGGGCCGUUCGAAUCCGACAAAGGGUCCAUUGACAUGGGAGUAGAGAAGAUGCAGCGCCUGUUCUGGCUCGUGCGCGGCGGCGCCUGCAUCCAGGAGGACCAGACGUGGGAGGCCACGCGGACAGGCUUUCAGCAGAUCCUACAGCUCAUCGCCAACGCCGGGGCGCGGGACCCCACGGACGACCACGACGAGCCCCCCAGCGGGCAAGGCGAGACGGCAUCAUCACCACCGCCAGCACCACCGCCAACAGCAACACCCCUGGAGAGGCUCAAGCUCGCGGCGGGCCUCCUCGCCCUGUUCGACUUCCUUGGCAUCUUCGACGCCCAGUGGCCGCGUUACAUCGUCCAGACGUCCCUGCUCCAGGUGUCCCGGAUGAUUCCUGACUCGUCGCCGCGGUCGGCGCAGGAGUCGCUGCUGGGCGCACUCGCCUCGAAGCUGCGCGGUGUGCUAGGGCGUCACGGCGAGCGCGUCGUCGACGCGCGGCAUGUGGGAAUGGCAUGGGCGGUGCGGCUCGAGAGCCCCCGAGCGUACGUGCGGGGGGCCGGCUUUACGGACAUCUGCCGGCAGCGCGCCAAGAUGUUCUUGUAUCCUCCCGAGGGCACCGCCGAGGGGGACAACCUGCCGUCGUCGCCGGUGGUGGGAGCUGCUACUGGUGGGCUCGGGCACGAGCCGUGGUCGGACUUCGGGUUGGAUUGA